GCUUUGACAACUUGCGACGGCGGUCAGGCCCAGCUAGGUCCUACUGCAGAGGCGGAUCAAGCAAAGUCGCCCAGGGCGGCUGGAGAUUGUGGUGUUGAGGAGUUGUUUUUGACCACUUCUUCCUGCUAUCAACGAUCUGCACUGCAGAUCUAGUUACGCGCAUCCCCGCCUCGCAUCAGGCAGUUGCAUCCUGUUGUCAUGCCGACAGAAACAGAAAUGACGGGGAGGAAGGAGGAAGAGGUCGUUGUGGCGACCCCGUACUUGGCUGGAAGCCAACCGGGAGGGACCACAACCACCACUCCCCCAAACAUUGAAGGGAAGCCGGACGACCGGGGCUUCCAACAAGGGUAUCCAGGGCAAGCAUACGGACAGCCUGGCUACCCUCCACAGCAGCAAGGUUAUCCAGGUGGCUACCCGGGUCAGCAAGGUUAUCCUCAGGGGUAUCCCCCCCAGGGCUACCAAGGUCAGCAAGGGUACCCCCCCCAAGGAUAUCCUGGCCAGCAACAGCAAGGAUAUCCCCCCCAGUAUGGUCAGCCAGGGUAUGGACAGCCGCAGCAGUACGGACAGCCAGGCUACGCUCCCCCCCCCCAGAAGCCGCAGAAGAAUAACAGCGACGCGCUGAUGCUUGGAUGCCUGGGGGCGCUUGCGUGUUGCUGCUGCCUGGGGGCCAUGGACUAGAAGAGCUGAAAAGCUCAGGGGGUUUGGCUGAGCAGCAAAGUGCAUCCGCUGGAGCCCGUUUGGUGACCCCAAUUAGACAGGGGUGCGCGCAUGUUGGCGCUCACGCAUUGUAGAGGCAUCUGGGUUUGAAGUGAAGUUGGAUUCAUUAUGUGCAUUAUGUGCAAGGCUCUUCCAGAGUCCUGUCUUGCACCAUGUGCAUCAGCCGUUGGCUGAUUGUUUCGAGUUGCCUCAUAGUACGCCAGCUCUUACGGAACACCCCCCUACAACUGAGUGUUUGAGACACAUAUGUACAUAGGAGUAGUUGAAAGCGCUACACCAAGCGGUUGAGGCAUACAAUCUGCAGGUACCCGAUAAUAAUUAUCGAGGAUUUCUAGACACAGUAAUUAUCCCAAUUGAGGACGUUCAACAAAGCUCUAAUAAAUUGACUCUAGGUGCUUGAUGUACAUGCAUAACUUAAUCAGAUGUAAGCUAAUUUGGAUUAUGCAUGUCGAUCACCGAGGCAACUGGGGUAACUCCGGC